AGAAAAGCAUAUAUCUUUUGUUGCUAACUUAAUGACAAAUACUAUUCAACUAUCUGAAGAUAUUGUCUUGUUAUCUCAAGAGUUAAAUGAUAUAAUUUAUUAUGUAUAUCUUAAUCUUUUUUUGCAAAUGAAUCAUCAAUAUUUAGUUGAAUGUUCGAUACUCACAUUUAAGAACAAUAAUGUAAAUACUAUCAAUUCAAUUGUUAUAAGACAAUUUUCUGAAGAAUCAGUAGAGUAUCUUAGUGCAAAUAUAAUUGUAGAACAGACCAAAACAGACUAUCAGUAUCAAAUCGAGUUUCUUAAUUCUUUGAAUAUUGGAG